AUGGAACCUAUUGAACCUUAUCAGAACCAGAAAGAGAGUCAAACUCUUGAGGAGCUUGCUCAGAUAGAAGGUGAUGAAAAUGCUAUCAUCAUGGAAAGCCUUGUUAUUAGAGAAAGAAUCCUUGGAAUAAAUAAUAAAGUCUUACUUCCAUUUAUUAGUACUGUUUCUUUUCACCACUUUGGGAGAAAUAAUUUUUCAACAUUUAUCUCAUUGCGGUUACAUGCAAUCAAAGUACGCCACAGCUGCCAAGAACAAGAUUCAUACACUUUAAUUGACAUAAUUGGCAAAGUAUACUACAAGGAUGGUCUACUUUUGCGAAAGAUGAUGUUUUUGUUGAAAAGAUGGACCGAGUUAUUCUUGCUUAUACACUUGAGAUGCAAAGAAAGAUGACAAAAAAAAGGGAGGUUUCUGAAUCAUUCUUAAGACUUGAGCAUGACUACUCAAUGAAACUUGUUUGGAUAAUCAGUAAGCUUAACUGUGGUGACUAUAGGAAACUCUUAAAUGCAGAACUGUUUAUGAACACUCUCUGCAACUUAAAUUCUCGAGAUCGUGAUGGCAAUACAUUUUUGUACCAGUGUUUGAGAGAUCGACAAAACAGCCAUGUUUUCACAAAGUUACCUUUGAAUGCAGGAUUUAAUGUUAAUGCCACUAAUAACAAUGGAAAUACUCCACUUCACUUACCUAUAUAGAUAUAGCUGUCACUUACAAACCUGAGAGGAAUGACAACAUCCAUUUUUUAACUGACACUUUGGAGGUUUUGUUUGAUGGAGGUGCUCAUCAUGAUUUUGUCAACAAUGAUGGUAAAACACCCAUGGACAUGGCUAGAACUGAUGAAACUCGCAUGAUUCUUUCUGAGAGAAGAAAACUGGAGUUAAAGUGUAUCUGUGCCAUAGCAGUGAAAAAGCUUGGAAUCCCCUAUAAUUAUGGGCUUGGUACCCAAAACACUAGAGAAAUACGUUAG